UACACACGAUUGAUGUGGUUGGCUUGGAUGGAUGAAUGAAUGAAAUGCCAUGGGCAACGAACUAGGGUGCUACUGUAGCGGUUGCCUACGAUGAAAUGACAGACAUUCUUAUUCCCAUCUCAUGAGUGCUGUUCGGUCCGAGUUGAUUGUGUAAGGCCACUACGUGUAGUAUAGCGUCGGCGUCGGCGUCAGCAUCAGAAGAUUUGCCUUGCAAAACGUGUCCGCCACGACAUGCCAACCUGCUCACGAGGACAUUGUUCCUAUCUGAUAGGAACCUAUCAGCGCGAGCCAAAACAGCUUUUACCGAUAGUUCUCAUGGCGCUGAUCUCUAUAGUGGGUACAGAAGUCGGCAGAUUACACAGACUGCGGACAUUAGUGGGACGACCCUCUUUGCGGGGAUUAGUGGACCAUUCGCUGGACAUCGCACCCUAUCCUCACGUAUUAUUGCUAUCAGAACAUGCAAGACACGCUCUUUAUGGCGAACGGUCAAGCUGCAGGGCGUUCAACGACAAUAUCGAUGUCAGACGCGUGUUGUGUCGCCUUCCUAACGCGGCAUACUGCUCACCAAGUUUACCGGAGCAUACCUCGACUUCUAACGCUGGGUACCAAACCAAGAGUUUUUGUCUACUUGUACUGAAUAAGUAUUGACGAUUCAACAGCGAUGUUGCUGCGAGCUAGCUGUCGGACGCCGCUUCAUACCAGGUCCAUGGCGCAAACGUCGGACGAAAAUGGAAGCGCCACAACACGCGACUGGCACAGUACGAUGCGCCCGAAACCAGGUCAAUGGAAUGCAUCUCGACAAUGAAACCCGUAGUCUCUACCGAG